AUGCAUGUUCUAGCUUCGGGUUGCGUCGUGGGCACUAGACCUACUAGGACAUUGUUAGUGAGUUCAGCUGAUUUUAUGAAAAGCACUAAGUGCCGACGGAAGCUUCACAGGCUCUCCGUGUCGGCUCUCUACGCUCUGCAACAGCAGCAGCCUCCUACAGACAGCUCACCGCGAACAGCCAGCGCCACCGCCGUGCGUCCUUUCCUUGAAGCACCAGGGCACAAGAAUCUGUGGGGUAUUCGGAGUAGCUGCCCCCACGGGGAGCGUUUGCGUGGAAUUCGGGGGUUUGCGACAAAGCGGUUGAGACUGGAUGAAUACGAUUCUUACGAAAUGACUAUCGACCCCCAAAAGGUCCCCAGUGGCUUUUGUAGAGUGCCUAUACAUAUGCAAUCAGCGGGUGAACUGAAAGACACCAUAAUACUGGCCGGGCGCAUUCGCCUGCGCAAUCCUAACUUUUGGCUGCGCUGCAGUUCUGCUGUAAGGGAUAUGUCUGAAGGUUUCCGUGCGAGAGAGAUUGUCGCGAUUCUGAACGCCUAUGCUAAGGCACGAUACAGGGACGCCUCCUUAUUUAGUCGUCUGGGGAAGCUUCUCGCCUUGCAGGCGCACGACUGCCGAGCGUCAGACCUGGCGGUCGCUCUGCAGUCCUUCGCGCGCCUCAACAUUUCCAACAGUUCUCUCUUUGACAUUUUGGCUGUGCAGUGUAUUCGAAAGAUCGACGAACUUGGUGCUCGGGGGAUCGCAACUGUAGCUGCUGCCUACGGGGGAGUUAAUCACCCCCACCCUCUGCUCUUUGGGGAGCUGGCGCAGCAGGUGGAGGCACAGGCUGAGACUUUUUGUAGCAUAGACAUCAUCCAAACGCUUUGGGCGUGCGCACGUGUCUCGUACAGGCACUCGAAGAUGCUACACCGCUGUGCAGACCAGAUCCUGCAUCAACUCGCCACGUGCACUGUCACAGAAGCGCUAACAGCGGCAGAGGCGUUCGCUGAUCUCAGCUUUUUCAGAGCGGACUUGGUGGGGUCUCUCUCUACCUUUUUUAAGUACAGAAUACGCAGCGUUCCUGUGCGUAGUCUUCCUUUGCUUGUGCGCACCUUCACUUCUUUCGAUCGGCUCGCAAACCCGUUCGCCGACUCUGCCCAGGGGUUGCCGCGAAAGAUGCAAGAAGGUAACGCAGAGCCACCAACAAACAAUGCCGCUCUCUACAGAGCAGCGCUUCCUGCCAUUGCUCGAGCAGCCAUAUGUUUUUCUUUGACAGAGUUGUCAGCGGUGGACUCGGCACUUCGUUCGGUGGGCCUAAGCCAUGACCCCUUGGCACGCGCGUUGCGGCAGGAGCUGAAGCAGCGGGGCCCUCACUUGACACCCCUGAAAUGCGCAGAAAUCCUGCACGAGGUGGCGUCUCGAGGGGGAGAUGGGAGCGACGCGGCCGCUGUUGUCGCCGUGCGGACCUUGCUGGCCUCGCCGUCCGCACUGGGGUCUCUUCCUGGAACGACAGUUGUACAGGUGCUGAAGGACCUGAAGGAUUUGCAUUGCCUUGGCGCCCUCGCUAUCGCUGCGUCUUUCAUAUAUGGGGACAGCUCUCCUAGCCAGGAGGAGACGCUGUUGGGAGGCGCAGAGCUGCUCGUGGUGCAGCGCGUCUUGCUGCAGUGCUUCUCUUCUGCGGAGUUGUUCAUCGAUGGAUACCUGGAGGGUUGCCUAUCACAAGGCCUGCGUUGGCCUGAGGGCACAAUAGCUUCGGAUUUGGAAACAGCGUCCUGCCGUGGACACUCUUGCAGAAACCAUCAUGGAAGUGACGCUCUAUUAGAAAAGGCACGGAUUCUGUAUGCUUCAAUAUCCGCACCUGCAGACGCCGUAGGAGCCAACUCUCUGAUACUGGCAAUCCACGCGGACCCCGAAUUGUUGCCAGCCCUUCUGUUGGAGCUGGCGCAGAUGCAGAAGGAACGAGCGGCUGCAGAGGAGGCAGAUGAUUCUGCCGCUACUUACUCUGCAGCCGCACCGGCAGACCCGCGUCUUCCCCCAGUCUUAUCAUCUGCGCAGCUAUCUCGUCGUUUCUGUCUUGUAGCUCGCUACCUCAUGGAGUCGCCAGCACCUGGGGCUGCAGCGCACGACGUGCAGCCAGUUCCCUCAUCUUCCCGGCUUGAGGCUCCCCAUGAGGGGCUUCUAUACGGACGUCUCUCCUUUGCCGCAACGGGUAACGCAGCAAAGGCUUUGCUCAGCCACCCACAGCCUGAAGUGGCGCAGCGCUACAUUAAGCAACUCUGUGACCUUGCCUGCUCAAGGCUGCAGAUGCCUGAGAUCCCGGCAGAAGCAGGCGAUUCUGGGACAGCUCGUAGCGUUGAUCUCGAGCGGCAAGUAGCGAAGUCUCUUUCGCGGCUGUUGCAGUCCCUAGUGGCCCUUGGCGCAGAUGUCCCACAAGCGCUGUUGCAACAGCUAACGCCCAGAGUGCGGUGGCUAGAGGGACGGGACGUCUUGGUUGUCCUUCGGCUCCUUCCCACGUCAGCUGAAGCAUCCAUGCGUCAACAUAUCGCCUGCGCCGUGGAUCUGCGUUUCCGGGAACUGAAGAGCUGGAGGAUGUUGAGCGAGCUGCGAAACCUCUGCACUAAUCUGAAGCUAGGUGUGGACGAUGACGUUGCCGAGCUUGAAAUAGAUGUCUCGCGGUACCAGGCGACAGACGACGGCGAGGUACAUAUUCCUUUAGGCAGCAGAAGCGCAGGCGUGUAG